CACCUAAAUGGUCAUAGGUCGGCUCUGAGGCUUAUUAAGAUUCCAACUUGGAGGCCAGAUAGAGUCAUUCUGUCUCCAGUGGGUGUUCUCAAACUGCACUUAUCGGAACUCUUGCGGAACUCGGAGUGCGGACUCCGGGUGGAGGGUUCAGGUUUCACCCUCCGGGGACCUCGAGCUUCUGCAGUGCUCGGUCGCUCGCGGAAGAGCGUUUGUAAGCGGCGGCCGCGCGCUCCGCCUGCGCUCCACCGAGAGGCCCCGCGCCGCGGCUGGCCGAUCCAGGAGGCGGCGAUCCGGGCUGGGCCGGGACUUCCUUCCUCCCGGGCGGGACAACAGAACCACCAGCAGCCCGCUCGGAGCUCCCGGCAGCUUGCUGAGCUACAGCGCAGCGAUGGGCUCCCUGCUGAGCAGCGACAGCUCCAAGUCCGCUCCAACCUACUCCGCCCGGCGGACUCUGGAGCGCAGCGGGGACCCGGAGCUGCCCAUCACCUCCUUCGACUGCUCCGUGUGCCUGGAGGUGCUACACCAGCCGGUCCGGACCCGCUGUGGCCACGUGUUCUGCCGCUCUUGCAUUGCAACCAGUAUAAAGAACAAUAAUAAGUGGACAUGCCCAUACUGCCGCGCGUACCUUCCUUCAGAGGGAGUGCCCGCAACUGACAUCGCCAAGAGGAUGAAGUCAGAAUACCAGAACUGUACUGAGUGUGGAACUCUGGUUUGCCUCAGUGACAUGAGGGCGCACAUAAGGACGUGUGAGAAGUACAUCGAUAAAUACGGCCCACUGCAAGAGCUUGGAGAGACCACUGCAAGAUGCGUGUGUCCAUUUUGUCAGAGAGAACUGGAUGAAGACUGCUUGCUGGAUCAUUGUAUUAUCCACCACAGAUCAGAAAGGAGGCCUGUGUUCUGCCCACUUUGCCAUUCACAACCCAAUGAAAGCCCAAGUACCUUCAGUGGCAGUUUAAUUAGACAUUUGCAAGUCAGCCACACUUUGUUUUACGACGAUUUCAUAGAUUUUGAUAUAAUUGAGGAAGCCAUUAUUCGCAGAGUGUUAGACCGCUCGCUUCUUGAAUAUGUGAAUCAGUCAAACACCACAUAAUUUUAUGAAUAGGAUGGGGACCAAUCACUCCUACCACUAAAGAUGCUGCUUGAAGGACUGGAGAGAAAUUGCCGAUGCUUGAUGGAGAAGCAUGUACUACAGUGUUAUUCGCUUGUCUCUGUUACGUUGCAUUCAAAAACUGUUUUCAUUCUGGUUUGGAUCUGCCUUUACGUUCUUGAGUUUAUUAGACAUUUAACCACAAGGAACGGCCUCCGUCAGCCACUAGCAGACGGAAGAGACACAGCACAGGCUGGCUAUGUGAUGGAGGAGCUUCACGUGUACAUCAGUGGUGCUGUGUAUAACCCUACAUAUUCCCAGCCAUCAUCAUGGUUAAGUGAGAAAAGCCAAUCUCUGUUCUAUGUAAGAAGACUGAGAAAGGAACAAAAUACGGACAUUAAAGGAAGUCUGAAAUUUAGUCAAAUUCUCAUGCUCUCAUCUCCAAUAAAGAACAUGAAUAGUCUAAUGAGAAAGGAGGAAAGGAAAGAAUUUGAAGUCACCCAAAAUCCAAUUUAACCAAAUUACAGUACAUAAUACCGUAACAAAUUCUGUGUUUGAAGUGUAUUCUUAGCCAGGCCUGGUGAAGCACGCCUGUAAUCCAAGUCUUCAGGAGGUGAACACAGGUCAGGAGUGUAAGACCAGCCACAGUUAAUGGGUUAGCUAAUAAGACCAUGAAAAAAAAAUUAAAACAUUUAAAAACUUAAAAAAGGAAAAAAAUAGGUGAACUUAACUAUUGACACACUAUAUUUGCACAUAUAAAAAUUUGAUAGACUAUUUUUCAAAUGCUUGUAGCUUAUUACUUGGAAGUAUUUUGUAGUGUAGACGGUUUCUAAGACCCAUCUACGGGUAUUCACAUUAGUUUCCACAUUGGUGAUUUUGAGGGGAACAUCCAAGCUUUGUUUUUCAUUUUAACAUCUUAAAAAGUAUAAAAUAAAGCACACACUAAAAGCCAGAUACAGGAUGUAUAGCCUAACGUGUUAUAAGGAACAUUGCUCAUGGAUAGUUUUGUGUGUAUGGCUAGGAGGCAGAGCAGGAUUACAGUUCAAAGCCAGCCUGGACUACACAGGUAGUUGCAGACCUGCCUGGGCUAUAGUAUAAGACCCUGUCUCAAAGCCAAAGAAACAAAAGCAUUAUGAACCCAUAUAUUUAGACAUCUGUGAGUAGACUUCCAUCUGUUACAAAUGUCACUUUAUUAAGGUUCAACUUCAGUUCUCUUUGGCCAUCCCUUGAAGGCUGGCCAAUCUUCUUAAACUCUAUUACUUUCCUUGCUGUCUCCUACUACAGCCAGGUCCUCCACGUUGAAUGUGUUUCCUUCUAUGGACCUGAGAUCAGCAACUCUCUAAGAAGCCUUGUUUCUUUCUGUAGGCAAUAGUAUUUCAAACCACAGUUGGAAGCUGGGGGGUGGUAGCUCAUGCCCAUGCCUGUAAGGAGGUCUUCCUCAGCUACAGUGGAAGGACAGCCUAGGCUACACAAGACCCUGUCUCAACCAGCCCCCUUUUCUCAUUCCAGAAGAAAGGCUCUAAGGACGGUGACUGCUAUUAAGGUGGUUAUUGUUUCAAGGAGAGAGCCAGGAAACAGCUGUAUGCUUGUUGUAAAGAUAAAAAUGGCCAGGCUUGGUAGCCACGGUAGUCCAGGAUGGACUAACAAGAGACCCUCUUGCUUCAGCUUCCUGUGUGUAAGGAUACACGUAUGUGUUACCAUGCCUGCAAUUCCCUCUUUUCAAAAACAGUUGGAUUGUGCUCUACUCUCUCCCUUUUAUCUGCCAGUUCAAGUAAUGUGUAUAUCUUAGUAUUGGCAUUUUUUUUUCACAUGUGAUUCUUCAAUGUUAUAUUCAGGACACUUACUAGGGUUUCCAUCUUGGAAUUAAGAAAAAGUAACAAACACUAUAGACAUCAACUCCUGAGGAUGAAAUGUUGACUUAAAACUACCUUUUGUAAAGGGCUGGCAAUAUGGUUCAGUAGGUAAAGGCACUCACUGCCAAGCCUGAGAGUCAGAGUUUGAUCCCUGUGACCACAUUUGUGAAGGAGAACUAGCUCCCACAAGUGCAAACAUGAUGUGCACCCCCUCCCCGACACACACACAAAUAAACAUAGUACAGUUUAUAUUGUAAUAAUUUAUAUGCAUCAUUUGUUGUACAUAAACAUUGUCAUAAUCAUGGUGCCAUGAUUUCUUCCCACCUUUUUGAGACAGGUUCUCAUCCGUGUGCCCGGCUGGUCUGGAACUCACUCUGUAAAGCAGACUGACCUUGAACUUUGGUUCAAGUGCUGGGACUUAGAUGUGGGCUCUGGCCUCUAAAAUGUCUCUAGUGAAUUUAACAUAACUGCUUUGAUAUUGCUACUGUUUUCUCACUCAGGACAAGGUCACUGGGUAGAUCUAAAGCUGGGGAGGGAAAGGUUUUCGGGGCAGCCCUGGCACUCCCUCACUUAUCUUUCCGUGUUGAGUCAGACUGGGAACUGUUGUUAUGCAUAAGGCCAGGGCUGGGUCACACUCUUGCUUUCCUUACUGACUUCAAACUCUCUCUUCUCGGCUGCUAACAAGUAACAGACUUUUGCAACCUCUCUCCCUCCAGUCUGAGUCAAUGAUACAGUAAGUUUUUAGAAAUUGAUCAUUAGCAGGGGGAAAAUACAGCACAGUUCUGAGCACUGGUAACUAUUGCCUUGCCAAUCAAUCUAGCUUAAUUUAGAGCAAUAUGAAAGUCGGGAGUAAGUUUAAAAACCUAUUCCGGGAACUGGAGUGAUGGCUCAGUGCUAAAGAGCUUAAAAGUACUGGCUGCUCUUCCAGAGGACCCAGGUUCAAUUCCCAGCACCCACAUGACCCCUCACACCCACACUGAGACAUAUGCAGGCAAAACACCACAACUCAUGAAACAUUGACAAAAAUAAGAAAACAAAAAACAUGUUCUGGAUAAAUGGGAUGGCUCAGUAGGUUAAACGCCCUCUGAGCAAGGCUGGCACCCAAGUUUGACUCCCAGCACACUCGAGGUACAAGGACUCAUGACAGUUGUCAUUGCACAUCGCCACAUGCACUGCAGCGUCUGAACUCACGUCGGCACCCACAAAAGCAGGCGGGGUCUGGGGAAAUGAUGAGCCAGCAGUUAGGGCCCUUGCUACUCACAAGGACCAAGGUCUCAGCCCCAUGUAGGACAGCCUACUCCAGCAGGUCUCACUGGUACUUGGGGACACAGGCGCAUGCACACAAAUAUUUAAAAAUAAUAAAAAAAAAAUAAGAAACCCAACAACUGCAUUCUAAAUCGUGCAUGGUGACUAAAGCCUGAAGUUCCAGCAUUUGGGAGGUAGAGACACAAUGAUCAGGAGCUUAGGGCCAGCCUCAGCUACAUAGUUUGGGGCUGGCCUGGGGUUACUUAUGUGUGACUCUGUCUCAAAACAAAACCUUGUGUUCAAGUGCCUGGACAGACGCAGGUCCCACCCAAGGCUUUUUUGUUUAAUUUUGCCACAUACAGGAUAAAUUAGGUGCUGGCCACCUGAAUUAUUUUGUAUUCUGAACUGCCGCGUUUUGAAAAUGAGAUGAAGAUAUCAUUUCACUGUGCUUUUAUCUUCUUACAGAAAGGAGUUUGAUUCAUUGUUUUAAAAAGUAAAAACCAGUAUUCAAAGUUGUUGAUCAUCAGUAAGAAAACUUCCAUGUGCUUUUUGUAAUGAAACAAUUUGACCAGGGGGAAAAAGAUGCUGUGUUAUUUUAAAACUAAGUUCUCCUAAACUGUUGGUGGAGAAAUGGGUUGAUUGUGGGUCAGCGGUAAAGAGUUAGAGCUCCUGAGAAGCCCUGACUCUGGCUGGGAAUGUUUUCCUGCUGUUAAUGGGUAUUAGGUGUGUUUCACUUCGAAGUGAGCCUACUCCAGUUUUUUGGGUGUUUAUCAUAUGAUAAUUGUACGCUUACGCAUUGAAGGUAUUUUUUGAAGUACUAAGAGAUUCAUUCUUUUGUUCAAAUGUAAAAAGAACGUCUGAUCAGAAUCUAUAUAAUUCUUUCUUUUGAAGACUGUAUCAUUAUGAGAAAUAAAGAAUGGCAGGACCAUUGUUCUCCCUAAAAUAUC